AUGAAUCAAGAACAACAUAGACAACAUAGCGAUUCAGUAGCUACUGCGACGGCGAUCAAUAUUAUGGACAUACUUAAAAAUAUAGUAUUGAGAACAAGAAUAUUUAAAGAAUUGGAGUUAUUACCAAAGAAGGAAUACUCUGAAGAGUUUACAUAUAGACCUCUUGUGUAUUACAAGGGAAAAGAGUUGAUAGAAGCUGCUAGUAAAGGUUCAUAUGUCAUGGUAUGGGAUUGUGCAUUACCAUGGGACUUUAUCAAACACUAUCUUCCACCAACUAGGGUUAGUAAUUGUUUGAUCGAAAAGAUGUUGAGUGGAUACAGUUCACAUUAUAAUGCAACACUAGAUACACUCUCAAGUUUGACAGAUCGGUUGUUGAAUACAUCUAGACGAGAAACACCACUUGAACCUUUGAGACUAAACAUAGAAGAUGCAGUACGACACAAUCACUUGGAUAUCGUUCAAUACAUUCAUACUCGUAUACCAGGUUCAUUUAAAAUGGUUCAAAUUGUAUGUUACUAUGCUUCUAAAAAUGGAAAUUUAGCAAUGUUGCAAUGGAUAAAGUUGAAUACAGCACUUGAAUUUUAUCGUGAUUGUGUUCGAACAGCUGCUAUGCAUGGACACCUCGAUGUUGUAAAAUGGUUAUUUAACGAACUUGAUCGUGUCAAGGGAAAGGAGGACAAUUGGAAUACAAUGGAUUGGGCGGCAAAAGGUGGUAGUGUUGCAGUGAUGGAAUGGUUGCAAUCUACUAGGUCGGAGGAGUGUGCAACCACCUUUGCAAUGGACUGGGCUGCUAUGAAUGGUCACGUCAACGCAUUACAAUGGCUACAAACCAAUACAACAGCUGGAUGUACACGAGCCAUGGAUUUGGCCUCAAGAGAAGGUCACCUCCAAGUUUGUCAAUGGUUGCAAACCAAUAAAUCACAAGACCAACACAUUUGCACAAAAGCAGCGAUGGAUUGGGCUAGCAUGAGAGGACAUUUACACAUCUUGGAAUGGCUUCACAAAAAUAGGUCAGAAGGUGUAAGUAGUAGUAGUAAAACUAAAGUUAACAAAAAAGGUAGUUCAAUGGCUUAUAAAGAAUAG